AUGGGUUUUUCUUCCAAAGCGACCCUGGUGGUCCUGCUGCUCGCGGGAAAGUUCCGUCUGCCCACAAGGCGCUUUCUACUACUCAUCGGCGUGAUAGUGUGGAUCAACGCCAUCAACUUCUUUGUCUUCCACCACAGGCACCAGGCCUUGAACUACUUGACCAACAAGUUCAACCAGUUGAACCCGCUCAACAACUACGAGGGCCACGCGAUUCCCAAAAAGCUCGUGGACAGCAUCACCGUGAAAUACUGGCUCAACGAGGCCAAGAUCGUGUCGGAUCCUCGCCGCAUAGAGAUCCACUCGCUGAACUACGACGAUAUGCUUUCGGUGCAUCCCUUAGAGGAGCUUUUGCAGUUGUCGUAUGGCGACCGCUGUGACGCGUUUUUCAAGAACUUGUACGUGACCUCCGAGUCCAAGUGGGUCAUGGAGGCUCCCGAGAGAUUCCGCCUCGACAUGGAGUACGAGAUGUCGUGGGACGACUACAAAAAGAAGUACGAGGAGAGUUUCCGGGAGAAAAUCGCCCAGGCGCAGGGCAAGAAGCCCGAGGAGGUCGAUCCCAAGAACAUCCACGACGCCAUCGCCAAGAUCUACGAUGGGCUCAAGGACAAGGCUAAAAAGGACGAAAAGGAUAUGCUUGAGCAGGUGGCGUUUGGCCGUAUUUUCAACAAGUGCUAUGUGACGAGAGACGACCCGAAGCAGAGGCAGAAGUUGAACAGAUUUGCGUCGAGACAGGCCCGGCUGGUUGGCGGUUUUUCCGGCGGCCGUUUUGUGGAAUCCGAUGCAGAGAAAGAGCUUUCUCCUGAGAAGUUCCCCAGCUGUGCCGACUUGGAGCAGAGAAUGUACCCGUGGCUCUCGUACCAAUUUCCCGUUUACGAACGGUACUCAGGGCAGGUGAUGAAGACACCGCCGGAAAUCAACAAGGAUCACAGUAAAAGAAGCAACGAGCCUCUUCGAUCCAAGCUCACGGGAAACACGCCGUGCUGGUUGAGCCACUACAAGAAUAAGCUCCACGGGAAGGGCAUUGCCAUUCCGUUCGAUACCUACCGUAUGGACGAGAUGGUUGCUCUUAUACGGCUUCUCAGGGCUCACGGAAACAAGCUCCCCAUUCAAAUUGUGUCAUACGGGCAGAUGGAGGAGCACCAGAAACAGGCCUUGAGCGAUGCCGCCCGUGAACCGUAUGUGGAUCUUCCGCCCAGCUACGUGAAAGUGGCAGAACACCUCGGUAACAUCUUGGAAUCUGAGGACAGGGGCCUUCGAUCUCAGGAUUUGUGGUUUGUGGAUGCACUGACGCUUUUCGAUCCGGAGGUCAGGCAGGACUGGUCAGACUACCCGAUUUCGAUUUUGACGGCUUUCGCCAGUUCCUUUGAGGAGGUGGUGCUUAUGGACCCCACGAUCGUGCCGCUCAAGAACCCCGACUACUUCUUCAACCUCAAGGAGUACAAGCAGAAAGGCGCCUAUUUCUACAGAGCCAAGCCCAUGCACAAGCGGACAGAGAAGAACACGGAUUUUUUCAAGAGAAUGACGCCGUCUUUGGUCGACACGGUCAUGUUCAAUAUCCCCGUUUUGACCGACCAGACGCUCUCGCUUCCGUUCUUUGAAGGUCUUCAGGAAAUGCAAGACGCUGCCGUUGCAGUCAUUGACAAAAAACGCCAUUUCAACGCCAUGGGCUCACUUCUCCAGCUCGGUGCUUUUUGGCCAGCUGACUACCGUGGAAGCGUUGCCCAGGAGCUCUGGCUCGGCUUCAUCGUUGCUGGUGACGAGGAUUUCCACUUCAACAAGUACUUCCCCGCUGCUCUAGGUGAUGCAGACCCGUUUGAAGAAAUAGCUCCCCAGGUCUGCAGCACACACACGGGCCACUUGGAUCCUGUGACCUCCAACGAGCUUGUUUGGAUGACAGGCGGCUACGCUGUUUGUCCCGUGAGAGAUCCCGAUGUCAGUGAGGAUUUUGGAAGAGCGUUUAUUUGGCACACUUUCGAAGGCCCAGACGAGAUGGUGGACUACUACAAGAGCCGAUUCAACCUCAAAGUUGCCAUUGUGCCGCCGUACGAGAGCAUCGACAGUUUUGAACUCAACAACAACGACGGAAAUCCCGUCAGUCCCUGGCAAUGGGGCAUUGGGUGUCUGGGGAAGGUUCUCUGUGCCAAUGGCGAGAUAGGCGGCUCGACGGAUCACGAACCCAACGUGCAGAAAGGACAGUUUAUCGAGUUUGAGCCGCUCGAGAGGAAUUUGCAUGCCUUCUACGGCGAUAUCUACAUGGGGUAUCUGGGAACCAAGAACUAG